AAAAUAGUUGUCACACACAGUUGCCCUUGUUUUCGAUUUUUUGUUUUUGUUCGGAUUCGAUCGAACGUUGUUUAUUUUCUUCCGAAUUCACCGUAAAAAAUUAUUUAUGAAUCAUGUUCAUUAUCGCAUCAACGAUAGGCAGUAAAAGCUAUCGGUGUGUGGAUGCAACAUUGAAAACAUUAUCCGCAUCACGAUCACAAUGUUUGCUACAAUUACGGAAGAAUGAUAUACAUGAAUCAAGAAUCAAUGCUAAUAAACAGGAUGCAAUUGAAAAACAACAAUCAGCUGUCGUAGAAAGGAAACGUUAUUCACCAUUUGUGAACACAUCGAACACAGCCGAAUAUGUAUUGGCACGAGCCGAUGACAUACUCAAUUGGGGCCGUAAAAAUUCUCUAUGGCCAUUAACUUUUGGACUAGCUUGUUGUGCCGUUGAAAUGAUGCACAUUGCUGCUCCACGUUAUGAUAUGGAUCGUUUUGGUGUUGUGUUUCGUGCAUCACCACGACAAGCUGAUGUUAUUCUUGUGGCCGGUACGUUAACGAAUAAAAUGGCACCAGCGAUCCGUCGUAUUUAUGAUCAGAUGCUUGAACCAAAAUGGGUAAUAUCGAUGGGCAGCUGUGCUAAUGGUGGCGGUUAUUAUCAUUAUUCAUAUGCAGUGGUACGUGGAUGUGAUCGUAUCAUACCAGUCGAUAUCUAUGUACCUGGUUGUCCACCAACAGCUGAAGCGUUAUUUUAUGGAAUUUUACAAUUACAGAAAAAAAUUAAACGUCAAAGUUUAGCACAAAUGUGGUAUCGUAAAUAAAUAAAUAGAUCUUACUUAUAAAAUAA